AUGAUUUCUCGUAAGGAGACAUUUUGUCAAGUUUUUGCAGGUAUGGCGUUUUGUCAAAAUUUUGUACUAGUGACAUUUUGUCCAAUUUUUUACUUUUGGCGUUUUGUCCCAUUUUUGAAAGUGUGGCGUUUUGUCCAAUUUUUGAAGGUGUGGUGUUUUGUCCAAUUUUUGUAUGUGACGUUUUGUCUAAUUUUUCCCAAGAUGGCAUUGUGUCGCAUUUUAGCAACGUAACAUUUCAGAGAUCCAUGCAAGAACAGAUAAAUAAAUAAAAUUUCCAUCCAAAUAUCACACC